AUGGCCCGGUCCGGGCCGAGUCUGAACGACGGUACCUCCAUCCCCGCUAUCGGCUUCGGAACAGGUACUGGUCUCUCCAGGAGCGAGUGUACCGAUCAGAUCGUAUCCGCCCUAAAAGCUGGAUACAGGCACCUUGACACCGCACAAGGAUACUUCAACGCAGGUUCGGUAGGAGCGGCAAUCAAGAAGUGGGACGGGGGAAAGCGGGAAGAUGUGUACGUCGUGACAAAGUUUGGUUUUGACACGGCGAAGGAGGACGAGCUGGACCCAAGGAAAGCAUUGGAGGAUCAGCUCAAACUGAUGGAGCUGGAUUAUGUCGACCUUUACCUCAUUCACAGUCCGCUCUUCGCCAAGCCUAGCUUUGGAGAGUGCUGGAAAGUCAUGGAGGCGCUGAAGAAGGAGGGUCUGACCAGGUCGAUCGGGGUCAGCAACUUCCGAGAAGAGGAUCUGCGCGAGAUGAAGAAGAGCUGGACGAUACCUCCCGCUGUGAACCAGAUCGAAUACAACCCCUACGUCUUCCAUUCGCCCAACAUGCUUCGCUUGCGCGCCCUGCUCGACGCCGAAGACAUCAAGAUCGAGGCGUACGGUCCCCUCAACUCGCUCUUCCGCGUCACAGGCGGACCCGUCGAUGCUGUCGUCAAGUCGCUGGCGGAGAAGCAUGGGGCGACCGAGGCGCAGGUGUUGUUGUCAUGGGCCGCAAAGCAUAGCGGCGGGAUCGCAGUCACUCAAUCUAAGAAUGAGGGACGUCAGCGGGAACAGCUGGACGCUCUCAGUAAGGCGGAUAUGAGCGAGGAGGAGGUUGAGCAGAUCGCGGAAGCUGGAAGGGGCAAGUUCUUUAGGCACUUCCAGCGCGGAGUGUGGGAUGCUGCUAAGCCAUAA